CAAUGGUUUUUGGCCAACCUCGAUGCCAGUGGCAAUAGGCCCACUCGCCUGGGCCUCCACUCGGCUAAGUCUGAGUUGCCACGUGGGCAAAUAUCCAAAUUGAUGACUUGAUUUGACUGACUCUGCCGGGUGGAAGAAGGUUACGAUUAGAACGGUUAGUUGUGUACGGUUCGAAAGAAGUUCAACAUACAUAUAUACAUGACAGCCAUAAGAAACGAAUUAUGGAAUCGUGAAUAUUGGUCGGGCAAGCCGAGGUGUAGACUCCAGAAUGUCCUUCUUCAUGCCUGCACCGCGCGAUCAUCCCCUUGCGCGUGUGACCCCAGGUGUCCCCAUGCCGACAGCGCCAUCAUCUCACGCGUUGCUCGCUCCACGCGGGGGAUGGGACCGCGUCCCCGGCACGGGGCUCCUGCGGCUGAGCAAGGCGGAGUGAACGCGAGCCCCGCGUGAGUGAGAGCGGCUCCUCGGUGUGCGGCGCACUCGCGCCAUUGCGCCCGGACCGUGUCGUUGUUCCAACAGAGAUUGUUGUUGAUGUUGAUGAUAUAUCAGAAGAAUGGGCGGAAGUGAGACGAUUCAAUUCCUCGUUAUCCCGAUCAUUUACACCAUCGUGGUGAUCAUAGCCCUCCCGCUGAACGCGCUCGCCAUAUGGGUGCUUUGCACGAGUAAGAAGAACUCCAUGUCCAUCUACAUGCUCAACCUCGCUGCCGCGGACGUCUCCUUCCUACUUUGUUUGCCAAUGAAAAUCGUUUAUCAUUUCCGCAUGAACAACUGGACCCUGCAGGACCUCCUGUGCCGCAUGUACAUCAUCGUCUUCUUCACAAACGCCUAUACGACACCGAUGUUCUUGGCUGCCAUCAGCCUGGACCGAUACAUGGCCAUCGUACAUCCCCUCGUGGCCUCCCAGUGGCGCGAGCCCAGAGCAGCGUGGCUUCUCUGCCUCCUCAUCUGGCUCAUCAGCAUUUCCAGCAUCAUCCCCGUCAGCACCGUCACCGUGCUCAGCUAUGCCAACGUCACCACCAGCAGCAGCAGCAACAGCAGCAGUGGCAGCGCUCCGUCCAUCAGAUGCUACGAACAAUUUACGGAGAAGGAUGUGGAGUUCCUGAUCCCGUACAGACUGUACAUGUUUUUUUCACUAUAUUACACCUCGCUGGUCAUAACGUUGUUUUCGUACGGAAAUGUUCUCAAAAUUCUCAUUCUCAACGGACAUCGGCAACUCACGACGAGUCGAAACAAAAAAAUCCGAGCUGCCAAGAUGACCGUCGUCAGCUUAAUCAUUUACAUCGUCUGUCUCACGCCGUACAACUGCACGCACGUCAUCGGCUUCAUUGAGAGUAAGACGAACGCCUUCUCUCUCAACAGCAUCGCGCUCCUGAGAGACAUCACCCUGUGCCUCAGUGUGCUGAACAGCGUCUUUGAGCCGCUGCUGCCAGGGUAUGGCACCUCAUCGACGCCCACGGGAGGAGAGUUUCAUCACAUCUACGAGGUGAUCCACAAACCCUCGCCUCCUCCACAGCGCUAG